AUAACGAUAUUGUUUAUAAAACACAGAAAUCAUUUUUUUUCAAAGUUUUCAAAAGAACGUUUUUUAUAAAUAUUUACAUUUUUCGAUACUAUAUUAUGGAUAAUUGGCUUAAUUACACUUAAUUGACUUUAUAUACAAAAUGUCUUUAGUAUCAUCUCCAUAUUUAAUAAGAUUGCAAGAGUUAAAAUUAUGGCAAGGAAAUUAUGAUAAUUUAUUGCAGAAACAACAAGAAAAGUCGUCAGAAUAUAUAGAUUUGUCAGAUAUUGAUUCCCUGGAUGGUGUCACACCAAUGAAUGAAUCAAAAUCUCCAAAAGUUUCCAAUGAUAUUAUUAAUUGUGCUGAUUUGGACAGACAAGUAAUAUUGCCGACUACAAAACCCUUUAAUGAAUUGCUUGAAGAUAAACUUGCAAAUGAUCAACCAUAUUUACCACCUGCCAAACAAAAACAACCAUUUUUAAAGAAAGGAGCAGGACUAGCAAGAUACAAGAUAACUCCUAAAACAUAUACUUCCAAAACGAAAAAUAAAAUAACAACAGUUAAUACAAAUCAAGAAAAAGAGAAUUUGAUAGCACCUAAUGAAAUUCUAAGUCAAGAAGACCAAUCUAUAACACCUUUAAAAGUACCAGAAGUUAGUAUUAGAUGCAAAGCUAAGUGGACUAAAGUUGAUAAUGGGGAUGAGAGUUCAUUAAAACAUCAGGAUGAGAGUAAAUUUAAUUCAAAAUAUUUUAUUGAAAAAGUAAACGAAUUUUCUCAUUCAUUCUAUAGCCCCAAUCAUUGUAGUGGUGACAGUCAAAUGCAUAAUUCUUCACAAUCUAAUAAACAUGAAAAAGAAGAUUUCCCAGAAAACUUAUGUAGUGAUAAAUCAGCUAAUGAAUUAAAACUAUUUGAAAUGUUAGAAGAAAAAGCCAAUCAUAGCAGCUUCUUAUCAACAAACACCAGUAUAGUAAGGCUACUAGCCAAUAAUCCAAGUAAUAAUACUUCUCCUAAAAAGGGGCCAGUCACUGAAGAUUUGAAUUUGUACCAAGAACUCAAAAGUAAUGAUCUGUUUAAUAAAGUUUUGAACUGUUUGAAAUUUUCAUCACAGAAUAAAAAUGAAUAUUGUACAGAUAAUCAGUCAAGAAAAUCUACUUCAGAAUCGGAUUCCUCAGGUAAUGAAAAAACAACCAGUUUCUCUAACUCAAGUUUUUACAGUGAAUUUGAAACCACUUUAAGGGGAAAGGAUGUAGAUAAAGCUGUAAAUACUGAUUUUAAAAGUGAUGUUGGUUGCAUAAAUUGCAUUGAUCUUGGGAGUCAGAUUGAUAAAUUGCAACAAAAAUCCUCUAAUUUGGUAUCCGCAAAUUUAAAACUUAAUCAGCAUGUAAAGGAGUUAGAAAGGCAAUGUGAUUUACUAAACUGCGAAAUCAAACGAUCAAGAAAUGAUUAUGAAAAAGAUGUGGAAGAUUUACAAAAGGAACUAGAAGACGAAAGAAAAAAAUUUGCCCGAGAAAAAGCCCUUGUUGAUAUGUACAUAAGCGAUCUCCGACCUAAGAAGAAAGAAAGUAUAGAAAUGGAGAAUUUGAAAAAGGAAUUAUUGGAAGUAAAGGAGUUGCUUAAAUUAAAAGAAACAAAAAAUGGAACUACACAGGCACGUUUAAGAAAUCAGAUAAAACAGCUUGAGAAAGAUAACAGUGAGCUCAAAUCCUCAGUUGAAUAUUGGCAAAAGGAAAAUGCUAAACUGAAUGCUGCUCAAUUAGUAAAUAGAAAAGCUGAAACGAGGAUGUUGCAGCAAAUCAGUAGAAAUUUAAACAGAUUAACUGAAGAAACGAUUAAAGAGGUUGAUAAUUCCAAUUCACCUACUAACGGAAAAAAGGAAAACAGCAAAAUUCAACAAAAAGAAAAGGGAAAGAAUGUGGGAGAGCUAAAACAAAAAGUAGUAAAAGGAAUACAGGUUCAGGAGGAUUUACCUAAACAGAAUAUUUACGAUAAGAAAAAAAAUCCUCCGGUAGAGAUUAUAUAUAAUAAUGAAGAUUUAGAUAAACAAUGCGAAUCUACUUUAGGAUUAGUUGACAAAGAGGUAGCCCAGAACGAUAAUCUAAAUUUAUCAAGGAAAGGUAACGGUACUCUUAUCAAUUUUGAUAACUAUUUACUAAAACAAACUUAAUGUAGUUUUAAUAGAGCAAGAGUUUCCCGACGGAUCAAAGGAAAUAAAAUUCGCGAAUGGUACAAGCAAAACAAUUUCACCUGAUGGUAAUCUAAUUUAUUUGCAAUAUGCGAAUGGAGACAUUAGGGAAACAAAUCGUAUAAACCAAACUCAGAAGUACUACUUUGCUAGUAAAAGUGUAUGGUUAACAAAACAUGCUGAUGGUACGGAAAUUACCGAAUUUCCCAAUGGCCAAAAAGAGGAAAGAUUUCCGGAUGGUAAAGUUCAUGUGACCACUGUAGAUGGCAGAAUUUUAAUUAAAUACCCUGAUGGAUCGCAAGAAGUAAAUAACCCUGAUGGUUCUAGAGUGGUAAUAGGAAAAGAAGAAAAAAUAAUAUAUCUUCCUAAUGGUCAACGAGAAAUUGAAACUCCACAAUUUAAGAAAAGAGAAUAUCCCAAUGGUACCGUUAAAAUUAUUUAUCCUGAUGGCACUCAACAGUCCAGGUACGCUAAUGGAAGAGUUCGUAUUAAAGAUAUGACAGGAACAUUGAUAAUGGAUACCAAUGUCGAGGAAAUGAAUUAGUGCAAGCAAUAUUAUUUAUUAUACAUAAGUGAUUUUUAUUUAUUGAUACUAAAAAAUAAAAUUUAUUUUGAUA